AUGGUGGAUAAGAACAUUUACAUUGUACAAGGUGAAAUCAAUGCGGUGGUGGGAGCCAUAAAGCGUAAUGCCCGAUGGAGCACUCACACACAUCUGGAUGAAGAAAGGGAUCCCCUGCUGCAUAGCUUUAGCCUCUUAAAAGAAGUGCUGAAUAAUAUAACAGAGCUAUCUGAAAUUGAACCCAAUGUCUUUCUUCGGCCUUUCCUGGAAGUAAUCCGUUCUGAAGACACUACAGGCCCCAUAACUGGAUUGGCCCUCACCUCCGUGAAUAAGUUCCUCUCAUAUGCACUAAUAGAUCCCAGCCAUGAGGGCACAGCGGAGGGGAUGGAGAAUAUGGCAGAUGCUGUCACUCAUGCCCGAUUUGUGGGCACAGAUCAUGCGAGUGAUGAGGUUGUCUUGAUGAAAAUCUUACAGGUUUUGAGGACCUUGCUUCUCACUCCAGUGGGAGCCCACCUCACCAAUGAAUCUGUGUGUGAGAUCAUGCAGUCCUGUUUCCGCAUAUGCUUUGAAAUGAGACUCAGUGAGUUAUUGAGAAAAUCUGCAGAGCACACUCUGGUCGACAUGGUGCAGCUGCUCUUCACAAGGUUGCCUCAGUUUAAAGAAGAGCCUAAAAGCUACAUGGGAACGAACAUGAAGAAGAUCUCUUCAUGUCUCCUCAGCAAACUGGAACUAAGUAGUGGGGAACAUCCCAAAGCCCUGAACCAGUUAGAGAGGGUAUUACUCUUUAAGAACCUGAAGUUGAAAAUGAGAGCUGGAGGAAUGAGCGAAUCAUCAAAGUGGAAAAAGCAGAAGAGAUCACCAAGGCCUCCCCGCCAUGUAACUAGGGUCUCCCCUGGGACAGAACAACCAACAGCCAAUGCUAGCAACACCACAGCAAACGGAGUUACUUUCAUAGAUGCUCCUCCCAGCUCUUCUGGGAGCUCAGAAAAUGUUUCAUCUGCAGUCAGUGCUGCUACAGACAGUGGUUUGGAGUUGUCCUCACAGACUACCUCCAAGGAAGACCUGACAGACUUGGACCAAGUUGCUUCUUUGGGACUUAAUGAAAAAAACAAAGUCACUGAAAAUCAAAAUCAGCCCGAACUCCAGAAUGAAAGUCUGAGGGAGGAGAAGAUCCAGUCAGCUUCUGUUGAGUCUAUCCCUGAGGUCCUAGAGGAGUGCACAUCUGUAGCAGAACAUUCUGACUCUGCCUCAGUUCACGACAUGGACUAUGUGAAUCCCCGAGGAGUACGUUUUACUCAGUCUUCCCAAAAAGAAGGAGCAGCACUGGUCCCGUAUGGGCUGCCAUGUAUUAGAGAACUGUUCCGCUUUCUUAUCUCACUCACCAACCCUCAUGACCGCCACAACUCUGAGGUGAUGAUCCACAUGGGGCUGCAGCUGCUAACUGUUGCCCUGGAGUCAGCACCCAUUGCAAACUGUCAGUCCCUCUUGGGACUUGUGAAGGAGGAGUUGUGCCGGCACCUAUUUCAACUACUGAGUGUUGAACGGCUCAAUCUGUAUGCAGCCUCCCUCAGGGUGUGCUUUCUUCUCUUUGAGAGCAUGAGAGAGCAUCUGAAAUUCCAGCUGGAGAUGUAUGUCAAGAAGCUGAUGGAAAUAAUCACUGUGGAAAAUCCAAAGAUGCCCUAUGAAAUGAAGGAGAUGGCUUUGGAAGCCAUUGUUCAGCUGUGGAGGAUUCCCAGUUUCGUGACCGAGCUCUACAUUAACUAUGACUGUGACUACUACUGUGCCAACCUCUUCGAGGAGCUGACCAAGCUGCUCUCCAAGAAUGCCUUCCCAGUUUCUGGACAACUGUAUACUGUCCAUCUGCUGUCUCUGGAAGCAUUGCUGACAGUGAUAGAUAGCACUGAGGCACAUUGCCAGGCCAAAGUGCUGAGUAACAUACAUCAACAAGAGAAGGAAGUUGUCAAAUCCAGCCCAGAAACCAUGAACAGCACCAAAGAAACAAGCAAUAGUAAUGAGAGAGUACUCAGUGAGGGAAAAUCUUCCAGUGCAGUCUCAGAGCCAGCUGGGGCAUGUCCUCCCACCAGUGGAUGCCUUAUGGCUGACCAGAUGAAGGAGGGCUGCAUGGAAUUGGAAGGAGGAAGUGAGGCAGCUGAGAAGAGCAUCCCAAGGAAACCUACUCGAUUUUCUUGUGUCCUUCCAAGCCCUCAGGAACUUACGCAGAUUAAGAACAAAAAGAAG